AUGGAACAAGAGGUGGAGUAUGAAUGGCUUCCUAUUAAAUGUAAAGCUUGCUCUGGUUUUGUUCAUGCUGAGAUGGAAUGUCGAAAAGAUUUGAAAGCAAAAUGGGUUAAAAAAGAAACCACAUCUAAAGAGGAGGUGAAGUCAAGGCCGACUGCUGAGGAGGAAAUGCCUACUGGUUUGGAGAUAGCAGGUUUGGUUAAUGUAGAAAAGGAAGGGGAUCGGGCUAAUACUACUGAGAUGGAAAGGGCUCCAGUCGCUACAUCAGAGGGCAACCAGCUUAAAACUCGAGCAAAUUCAGAUAUUGAUAAGGAUAAGCAGAACAGAAAAAGAUGGCUCACUCCUAAACGAGUAGCCUCUCAUCUGAAAUCUGGGCAGCUGGCAGUUUCAACUACAAAGAGUUCAGAACAAGGACAAGAUAAACUCAAUCAGUUUCAGGUUCUUCAAGAGCAUUUGUGUGGUAAUAAAGAUGUUGUGGAUAUUUGUAGUAGGUUCAAAAUUGGUAUUGGAGGUUUUUUGGAGACUAAGAUGAAGGGAUCUAAAAUUCUGGAUUUUAUGAAGCAAAAGUUACCUAAUUGGGAUUUUUAUACUAGUUUGGUUAUAGAGGGCAGAUUAUUGAUUGUGUGGAAGAAUGUUUUUGUUAAGGUUACAAUUCUUGAGGAUUCUCCUCAAUUUGUUCACUGUUUGGUUUCGAUGGUUGGUCAGAAGCAAAGGUUUUAUAUUACUUUUGUCUAUGGUUUUAAUUCUUUAGAAGGCAGAAGGAGACUGUGGGAAGGGUUACUUAGGCUUUCUCUUGUGCAUGAAGCUUGGAUUAUUUUAGGGGACUUCAAUGCCCCUUUUUCUGGUAUGGAUAGAGCUGAUGGUAAUCCUAUUUCUGGUGUUGAGAUGGCUGAUUCUGUUCGUUGGCUUGAGGAGGCUCAUGUGGCUCCCUUAAAAAGUUUAGGAUCGUUUUUCUCUUGGACUAAUAAUCAAAAUGGUCCAACUCGCAUUUAUUCCAAAAUUGAUCAUGUUUUUAUAAAUGAGGCUUGGAUUGAUCUUUUUCCUUAUGCUACUGCUGUCUUUAGAUGGGAAGUUGUAUCCGAUCACUACUCUUGUGUUGUCAACAUUCAGUCUAAGGUGAGUUUGGGUACUAAGUUGUUCAGGUUUUACAAUUUUUGGGCUGAUCAUCCUAAGUUUUCUGAAGUGGUUCGGUUCAGCUGGCAUUUACCUAUUCAUGCUACUGGUUUAAGGGCUAUUUUCUUAAAAACUUUGAGGCUGAAACAUAGUUUAAAGAAGUUUAAUCAUAAUACUUUUGGAGAUAUUGGUUUGAGCUUUGAUUUGGCUAAAGAGAAGUACCAGGAUGCUCAGUUAAAAGCCCAAGCUAAUCCGACUGAGUUUAUUGCUUUAUUUGGUAUUCCCUCCACCAAAUCGCCGGGUCUGGAUGGGUAUGGCUCUGGAUUUUUCAAGGCUGCCUGGCAGGUUGUUGGGAAUGAAGUUUGUUAUGCUAUCAGUCAUUGUUUUGAAACAGAGAGCUUUCCUUCAGAUCUUCAUGAAACUUCAUUGUCCUUAGUCCCUAAGGUGGCCAAUCCUUCUCGAGCUAUCAAUUAUAGACCAAUUGCUUGCUGCACUACGUUAUAUAAAUGUAUAGCUAAGCUCUUAUGUUCUAGAUUGGCAUUGGUUCUUCCUGCUAUUGUCCAGCCGAACCAGGGGGCGUUUAUUAUGGGUCGUUCAAUAGCUCAUAAUAUCAUGAUCUUUCAGGAUCUUAUUAAAAACUAUGGUCGGGCUAUUACUUCCCCUAGAUGUGCUAUAAAGAUUGAUUUGAGCAAGGCUUAUGACAUGGUUGAUUGGCAAUUCCUAGAGGAUCUUUUAAAAGUUCUCUGUUUUCCUAUGAAGUUUAUAGGAUGGAUUAUGGUGUGUUUAAGGAAUACUUCUUAUUCUUUACUCAUGAAUGGUCGUGUUCAAGGUAAAUUCAAGGGUAAGAAGGGGCUGCGUAAGGGAGAUCCAAUGUCUCCUCUAUUGUUUGUUCUUAUCAUGGAAUAUAUGACUCGGAGACUUCAACUUGUUGCUCUUGAACCUUCUUUCAGAUUUCACCCGAUGUGCAAGAGUUUAAAGCUUAUAAAUCUCUGUUUUGCUGAUGACUUGAUCCUUUUUUGUAAGGGUACUCAUUCAGCUGUUCUUUCUCUUAAAAAUGCUCUUGAUGAUUUCAGUUCGGCUACUGGUUUGACUAUAAAUUCUGCUAAGUCUCAAAUAUUUUUUGGAGGAGUUUCUUCUGCUGUGAGAAACAUUAUAACUCAGGAGAUGAAUCUCAUGGAAAGCUCCUUUCCUCUUAAGUCGAAUGCAGCUCAUCCACUCGGUUUUAUUUGGUCUCCAAAAUUAUUGGAUGAGCAUCUUUAUUUUACCUCAGAGUGUUGUCAAGGAAAUAGAGAAUUAUGCCGUAGCUUUUUGUGGGGAAGUGCUGGUCUGAGAAGUAAACCUCAUCUGGCUUCUUGGCAGAAGGUUUGCCUUCCUAAAGCGUAUGGUGGUCUUGGUUUUAGAGAUGGUGCUCUUUGGAAUAGAGAAAUUCUUGCCAAUUGGUAUUGGAGGAAGUUAUGUCACAUAAGGGAGAAAUUUAGUUUCACUGAGAUCCAGGCAGCGGGUAGUUUUGGGAGGUUUCAGCUUUCCAAAUUGUAUAACUUCGCUCUAAACCAGCAGCUUGUAGGCUACUAUUCGGCAGUCUGGUGCAAGCUUACUUUACCUACGCAUAGAUUCCUUCUUUGGCAAGUGGUUAAUGAGCAACUUCUUACUAGGGAUAACCUGUUAAAGCUGCAUAUUCAGGUGCUUCAAAUUUUGUUUAAUUGGUUUGGUUUCAUUGCUUGGCCGAGUGACUUCACUAGUUGGAGUGUUUGGCUUGCUAGACCUCGGCAUGGUCUGAUGGCAGCUAUCCUGAAUUUAUCUGUUGCUGCCACUGCUUACAACAUGGACUCCGAGAACGUGUUCGACAUUUACAGCGCCCCUGAGGCUCCUGCGGUUCCCUCGAGCAGAAAGAAAACUGGCAAGAGGCAUCCUGGGGAAAGCAGUAAAGCGCCUCAGGCUAAGAAGCCUCGCAUUGCAGGCAUCCCGGAGGACGAACCCUCAGCCAACGCAACUCCACCACCUUCUCCUCACGAGCAACAAAUUCCCCCUGCUCCUGCUGGGUUGACACCAUCUCCCCCGACCCCAGCCGACUAG